AUGUCUGCUCUUCGAGGUAUAACCAGGUCAUCAUUCAAUAACUUGAAGGUACGGACAAGGUAUUUGCAUAACAGCAGUCUUCUGAAACUUAUGACAAAUGAAGUAUCUACCAAUUAUAUGCAACCAGAACCAAAUGCUAAUGAUGAGAUUAUAGUGGCUAUGAGUUCGGGAGUUGAUUCAUCAGUAUGUGCCGCAUUAUAUGCUGAGAAAUAUAAGAACGUAAGAGGAAUAUAUAUGGCUAAUUGGUCACAAACUGCUAAAUGUACAGAAUCGGAUUGGAAUGAUGUGAAAAAAAUUUGUAAUGAUUUGAAUAUUCCUUGUGAAAGGGUAAACUUUGAAAAAGAAUAUUGGAAUGAGGUUUUUCAACCGAUGGUUCAAAUGUAUGAAAAGGGUCUUACUCCAAACCCGGACGUUGGGUGUAAUAAAUACGUCAAAUUUGGGAAAAUGAUUGAGCAUCUCACCAAGAAAUUUCUGAAUAACCAAAAGUGGUGGCUUGUGACGGGUCAUUAUGCAAGGAUAAUGAAGUGUCAAACGAGUAAUGAAUAUAAUUUAUUGAGAGGAUAUUAUAAGUCGAAAGAUCAAUCGUAUUAUUUAGCUAAUAUUCCAAAGAGGGUUUUACUGCAGGUCUUGAUGCCAAUAGGCCAUUUAACUAAACCUAAUGUUAGAGAAUUAGCCAAAGGGUAUAAUCUUCAUACGGCGAAGAAACCCGAUUCUCAAGGCCUUUGCUUUGUUUCUCAGGAUGAGAAUAACUUUAGAAAUUUUCUUAAUGAAUAUAUUGCACCAAACCCCGGUAACAUUAUAACGGAAGAUGGAAAGAUAUGGGGCCAACAUCAAGGGUUAUGGCACGCAACUAUAGGCCAGAAACUGGGUAUAUCAAUGCCUCAGGGGGAUCCAAGAUAUAAGGGAAUUUGGUUUAUUAGCGAGAAACGGUAUGAUACAAAUGAAUUGGUUAUUGUAAAGGGUAACAAUAAUGACCGUUUAUUUAAGAAAGGACUCAAAGUAAAGGAGUGGAGUUGGCUUAUGGACGACAUUAGUGCUAUUUCUGAGAAGUGUGAAGAGGGAAAUUUGAGUGUUCAAUAUAGGUCAUUACAAGAACCUGAAAUAAUUAAUUCGAUUAAAAUACUGCAAAGUGAUGUAGAUAUAGAAUUAGUCAAGAAGGCAAGAGCAAUGGCACCGGGACAAAAUAUAGUGUUGUACGAGGGAAAUAGAGUUUUAGGAUCUGGAAUUUUAGAAGAAACAUACUUAUAG